UUGCUGGUGGGCGCGGCUGGCCUGGGCGCUGGAGGCAGAGCGUUGGCCCGAGUCCUGCGACACGGCCCCCUGCCCCACGCUUGGCCGGGUCGCCUUGCCGAGGCAGCUUCUUCCGGCCCGUGCGGCGGGAUUCCGUGGAGAGCCCCCCAACACACACAUCCCGAGAGUCUCUGUAGAAGCUGAUAUCCAUCACCAUCCUUCAAAAUGCAGUGGAAUGUACCACGGACUAUGUCUCGGCUGGCACUCAGGACAUUCUCAGAACCACAGAAAGCCAGGCUCUUUGAACACCACCGGAGCAUAAAAGGACCAUUACUUUGGCGUAGAGGUGAAUGCAGAGUGGUUUGGAUACCACACCUUCGAAAGCAGUGGCUUCAUUUACCUGCUGUUCAGUGCCUUGCAAAGCAAAAGAAUCUAUUAGAUGCUCAGCCACCCCAACUAGGAGUCCUUCGCCAGGAACGAUGGGAGCAGGAUAUUUUAUCCAAGAGGGUUUUAUCUUCCAGUGCCACAUCCCGAGACUCUCCAUCUGAAAAAAAGGAAGAGCAAGAUCCUUUACAAGACAAGUCUAUUAGUCUUUAUCAACGAUUUAAGAAAACCUUUAGACAAUAUGGAAAAGUUUUAAUUCCUGUGCAUCUAAUAACUUCCGGUAUUUGGUUUGGAACAUUUUACUAUGCAGCUAUAAAAGGAGUAAAUGUCAUCCCUUUCCUAGAGAUGUGCGGAUUACCUGACAGUGUAGUGGACAUCCUGAAAAACUCCCAAAGUGGCAAUGCCCUGACAGCAUAUGCCAUGUUUAAGAUUGCGACACCUGCCCGCUACACUGUGACCUUGGGAGGAACAUCCUUUACUGUGAAGUAUUUGCGAAGUCAUGGUUACAUGUCAACUCCACCACCUGUCAAGGAGUAUUUGCAGGACAGAAUGGAAGAGACUAAGGAGCUCAUCACAGAGAAAAUGGAGGAGACAAAGGACAGACUCACUGAAAAAUUACAAGAAACCAAAGAAAAAGUUUCUUUUAAGAAAAAAGUGGAAUAAGGGUGCCUUAUGUAAGAUGUUAGAGAAAACCCCACUCUUUAACCCUCCGGAGACUCUGGGCAAAGAAAGUGUUCUGAAUUUUUUUUUUUUCUUCUUUGGUUACUUGCCUAAAUGUAUCAGUCCUCUGAGGGUUAAAGAACAGAGAUAGUUUUUUGGCUUUGUUUUUAAGUUAAAUAACAUUAGGGGAAAAAAAUAAUCAAUGUUUUUCAAAAUGAAAUGAACCCAGCAUACAAAUUGUAUAUGAGUUGCAGCAGUAAGCAGUAGUUAAUGUCCUGGAAGUCAGAGUUCUUUUUCCAUAUCCUCAGAAUCAAAUUUGCUUCAUGGUCUCUGACACCUGCAGUGUGUGUGCUGGGCAUUCUACGCCCAGAGUCAAAGGCAGUAAGUGCCCAGUUCUGUGGGAAUGAACAUCUACCGUUCAGACUCUGGGUAAGAGACCAGAGAAGGUACCUACCGGUUAACAGGUAGAUCUUAUUUCAAGAAGGCUAUCUAAAUCCAGUCUUAUGUUUAUAAGAUAUAUUGGUUAUGUGAUGAAAUGGACCCUUGUAAAAUGGUUUUUAACUGGAGCUUGUCAAAAUCACAUUUUUAAAGCAAAUUCUUUUUCAAACUUGACUAUGCAUGGUGGUUGGAUACUUGGACAGUCAGACUUUCUUGUAAUUCACUUCUGUCUUCUCCAGCUAAUCUUUGGAGGAAAGUAAAAGUUUUUUUUUUUUUAUAAACUUUAUUAUUGACAUCACAUACAUGAGCAACUCAAGUUCACUCUUCUUAACUACAUCAAGUUUUGAAAGACCACUGCUGACUUUGGAAGAGCAAGUCUGUGUAACUGCCUGUGCUCGAGAAUGGAGGCUCCUGGUGGGGUGCGAUGGGGGAGAAUGGAGAACAAGUGGGCAGUGCACCCAUGUGGUUCAUCUCAGAUCUCUCCCAUACUUAAAACCCUUGUGGGAUUCUUGGUCCUUAUAUCCCUGGUCAAAACAAAAGAGGCCUGUCUGUCAUGGUCUCAUUAGAAUUGUGGUUAAUGUCUCUCAUAUUGGAAGGAACAAUUCCUGCUUAAAUAUUCUGCUGACUGUGUAUAGCUCGUAAUGACAUCUCAUUGUGGCUGUCAGGCAAGUCCCUUGCCUGUAGACUGUCUCUGUUGGUGUGGGAGUGCCUGUGUGUCAUUUUUCACUCUCGGCUUUCCUUCAGGUCUAACCCUUGGGGUGACACUGGAGCAAGAAAUGGCCUUUGUAGGGGGCAUUGGUUUUGAUUUGCCAUCAGGAAAAUGUCAGAGACCUUGCCACAUAGCUAUCCCAUUCAGUCCCUGCUUCCUGACAGGAUUUACGUCAAAUGCUUCAUUUGCCCAGAUUUAGACAAUGAUGGGAUAACGUCACAUUUGAGAUACCCAGUCACUGUAUGGAAGCACUCUAAGUGAGAAUGCUGUGGUUGGAAGCAUUAGAGAAGGGGAUUUGUCAUGGGCCUCUGUUCUUUUGUUCCUUGGCAGGUGAUUAAUCUGAGGCAGAGUUCAGUGCACUGCUAGAAAUUGAUGGCACACUUUCAAGUAUAAACAUGACAGCAACACACUUUAGCAUGCUUUUAAACAGUAAAAUACUAAAUGCUGAUGUAGUAACAUUUCCCCCCUUUUAAACGACCAAGAAUGCCAUGCUAAAAUGUAGUAAUAUAUAGAAUUCUUUCUCCUAAAACCUUUUACCUGUCCUGGUGCGUAGGGCAUAUAUAUCAUCUAGUGGAGGUAAUCUGAGACUCUCAGGACAUUUCUAAUAAUCAUGAGACUACAACUUUCUUGUCCUGCGUAGAUAUCUUCUGCCUAGUCCAUUGGAGUCUUAUCACUAUUCAGUUUUAUGUCUGGGUUGUGUCUCCCAAUUAUAGCAAAUGAGGAGCUGCUUGUAUGUGCUUUUAAAUCCAAUGAAAAAGUCUCUAAAGAUUUGAGAAGUUACAUUAUUACUACUUGGCAUCAGAGAUGUCAUACAAAUGCUGUUGCCGAUAUUAUCCUUAAAGCAAUCCACAAACAACUUAUGGGGGAGCCUGCAGUGUGUUGAUAGCAGACAACGGUAACAUGCCACCUUAAAUUAUCACAUUGUAUAAUAUAGAUUUUAUAUAUGCUGAAUUGCAUUUUAUUUACAGCCAAUCUUGCAUUUCUCUUAGCUGCAAGGGAAACCAGGAAGCUCCAUGUCUGGUAUGCACAUUUAUCCUUUUGAAAGAUAUGUUAAUGUCAUGAAUGAAGCUGUGACUGAGUUUUUUUUUUUUUUUUUUUUUAAUGGACAGAAAACAUUUGCCUAGCACAUGAACAAGUUCAAAUGAAAAUGGAUUAGGUAAGAGGCUUGGUUUGUUAAAGAAUAAGAGUAAAACCAGCCUUUCAAAAUACCACAUCAUUGAGAGCCUUUUGUGCAAAAUGGGGUGCUGUUUGGAUUUCACUGAAGGGAAGAGAAGUAUGUAUAUUAGGAUUAGCUUUCUCCCCGUAGUGAAAUAAUAAAACAAAGAAUUCAAAUA